AAACAGGCCCAUAACCCGAAUAGCUCUUCUAACAGUUUAUUCGGAAAGCUCUAGAAGUCACCGAUUCAGCCAUUGCGGGAACUGAAGCAUUUUCGAGAAAGGAAGAGAAGAAAUGGGAGGGGGACACGGACAUGGCGUAACAUAUAAAGGAAUUACUAUUCAUCAACCUAAGCGUUGGCACUCUGUCACCGGAAAGGGAUUGUGUGCCGUUAUGUGGUUUUGGGUUCUCUACCGGGCCAAGCAAGAUGGUCCUGUAGUGUUGGGCUGGAGGCAUCCCUGGGAUGGCCAUGGCCAUGGUCAUGACCAUUAGAUGUGCUGGGGAAGCUGUGGCAGGAUUAUAAACCGAAGCUGUGGCAGGAUUAUAAACCAAUAUGCUCAAUAUCGAUGUAUUUUCUUGGAAAACUCUAAUGAAUUUCUUUCAAAACAGUUGUAUUUUGUGUUCAAUAAAUCCUAUGAACUGGAGAACUUUUUAUGGAUGUCACUUGAUUCAUAAGAUGCUUAGUUUAAUCUACUCUUGAA